UGGUGGUGUGGUAGCUGCCCGGUAGAGUGUCACCAUCAUGCCAGUUGGUUGGUCAUCUGAUGGUGAAAAGGUCAAGGGACGUGGGAGAUAACGGCUGCUUGGGCUGUUUGGUUGCCACGUCAAGACUCACGGCAGCGCCGACAGGACUGCCAUGGACUCGUUUUUUUGGAUCGGGAUAAUUGAAUUGUUUUGUGGGAGCAAAGAAGAGAUUUCUUUGGCUGUUCAUGGGUGCCACUGUCGCACCUUCCCCAUUGACGUGCACCUCAGAAUAUUCACGACGGCUUGUGCCUUCCAUUCUAUGCUGCUAUCUAGAGGUAGAGCAAAGUCCUUAGAACCCGAGCCUGUCAAAAUUCAGGGGCCAAAAGGCAUGCCCGGAUACCCACGAGACCAUCAAUCUGUCCAUGUUAGGCUUUCAGCAAACCUCAAUGGAUAUGAGACUGGCUCUCUGUCUGAUGUGGGGCUCCAGACCGUGCUUGACGACGAUGAUUACAUGUUUGUCCAUGCCGUCUCUGGCGCUCGCGACGACCCCGGAAACGGUUCGAGCCUUGGAGAUUACACAAGAGGGGCGGCACUCGACCAUAGCAUGUCGCUGCAGCUUCGCUGAUCAGUCAUCUCUCCUCUGCAUCGUACACAGUACACACCCUCUCAAUACACCGACCAACCACAUGUCUGGGGGUCGAGUAGUUCCCCCAGCAGGCAUGGGGCGGGGGUCAAGCAAGGCCUCAUGUCUUCAUGGUGUGGUCAUACUCUGUUUUCUCCUGCAUCCUCCUAUCAAACCGUCCAGGUGCAUGUGAGC